UCCGGCCGCUGUGCUCCGGGCCAGCUCCCCCGACCCCAAGCCUGGGAGGCGACCCCCGUGCGCCCCGGGUUCAAAGGCCCCGCAGCUCCAGCCCCUCCGGGGGGCGGGGAGGCGAGGGGGGUGGUGCGGGAGCCAGAAAAGCCUGAGUCCACAGCCGGCCAGCCCUGUGCUGGGAUGGGCAGCGCGCUCUGAAACUUUGUGACCGCCGCAGCCAACUUGUGGCUGGAGCUGGGGACGCAGCGAGCUAGCGGCCGUCCUCGAACCCCACAACUGGAGGGCGAGGCCAGCUGUGCCCGGUCCCGGUGCCCUUUCGCGGCCAGGAGCGGCCGCCCUCCCGGCCCGGAGCUCCCGCGCCUGAUCAGGGUUCAUGGAGCCCGGGCUGUGGCUCCUUUUCGGGCUCACGGUGACCUCUGCCGCCGCCGCAGGAUUCGUGCCCCCCCAGCCUGGGGACGCUGGCAGGAGCGGCGUGCUCCAGGUACCUCCUGCAGCCACAUCUGAGGGGGACCUUGAAGAGACUCGGGCUGGCCUCAGAGGCUGGACUGUGGCUCCUGUCAUAGCAGUGCAGGGUCCAAGCCCGGGGCAGGAGCAGGAACCAAGUCAGGCCAGGGAGCAGGAGGCUGAGGAGGGCCCCGAGCACCACCGAUCCAGGCGCUGCACGUGCUUCACCUACAAGGACAAGGAGUGCGUCUACUACUGCCACCUGGACAUCAUCUGGAUCAACACUCCUGAACAGACCGUGCCCUAUGGACUGUCCAACUACAGAGGAAGCUUCCGGGGCAAAAGGUCCGUGGGGCCGUUGUGGGGGAGCUGGCAGCCGUCGAAGCAGACGCCCCUGCGCUGUGCUUGUGUGGGGAGAGAUGACAAGGCCUGCGUACACUUCUGCAGCCAAACCCUGGACAUCAGCAGCCAUUCGAGGACAGCAGAGAGACCAGACAAAGAAGAGGAAGAGAAGGCGAGAGGUGCCACCAGAGGCCCGAGACAGAGGAGGGAAGAUGUGACGCAUCGUUCCUCCAGGGAGAGGAAGCUGCCUCCAGCCUUUGCUUGUGAGAACCAGAGAUGGGGCCCGGCCUCGGGAGGUGCCACCCUUUCCACACCCUCCCAGUCAGAGGGGUGAAGUCAAGGACAGACCAAGCAAGUAGGCUUUAGACCUGCACCAUCCAAAGCUCAUGCCCAGCAGUGGACGUCACUGUCGCUCACCUGCCCGCCCAGCUGCCUUUCUGGAAGGAGCCCCGUCGGAGAACCGGCCUGCAGCAUCCUGUUCUCGGGAGGCUUCAGGGAUUGCUUGUACACAGUCCAAAUGUCCACCUCUUUUGGGACAAGGAGUGAAUUUGCCUGGGGCAGAAAACCCACCCAUAGAGUCUCCAUUUAACAAUACCCCCCUACUCCAAGCAUGUCCAAAUCCAAAUGCCCCCAGUUUCCCUGAUGGGUAAAAUGGUCCCAGGUGUGCCCUGGGGCAUGAUGCCCACGGCUCCGGUUACACGCAGAAAAUGGUUUUUGGAGAGGCAUGGCAAGUUGGAAAGCCGCUUACUGGCUUUUGACGUGACUUCUCUUACAGAAUAAGUGGACUCCAAGCUAACUCUUUGCAAAUGUAAACACGCGUCCGUCUUGUGACAGGAGCAAAAUGCCCGUGUGGCAGGAGCACGCCGGCCUCCCGGUCCCGACCGGGAUAGGCGCGCGGUGCGGGUUGGUGGGGCUGCGAGGCGCCCGCUUCAGACAGGGGUCCUAGCUGUGCAGUUUAUGAGUUUGAAGCUUGUAGGAUUUAGGCAGAGAAAUUUUCAGCUGUGCUUUGUACCCACCAAAAGAAUGUAUCUCAAAUAAAUAAAUAAAGGAAGAAGAAAAAGAAAAAAAGAAACCUUGAUGUUUGUGACAAGAAAAAGAGACAGUUAAUAUCUGCUGGCUUUGAACUCCGGGGCGUGCAUGCAACGCAGAGCUCGUUCUUGGAAACUUGACCUUUCGUGUCCUCUGUAGACACCUGGCCUGUGCACUCUGGCGUUCUGAGGCCUCGUUCGCAGGAGCCGGCUGUACAGGCAGCCCCAGCUCAAGGCUAUUAGGUUGAAUAUUUGCUCUCAUGAAUAAAUGUGGAUCUUUGGGGAAUGGCUGCAAAAUGAGCCACGAACACAAAUUCUUUGUAAAUUAUGUAAAUUCCUAUUUAUCUAUAUAAUUGGCAACAACUGGGAAUUGUAACGCCUGACAGUUCAAAAUCUCUUUCAGCUGCGCUCUUCCUGCCUGGCGUGUGGACAUGUGACUCUGCCGUGGAAGGUCGCCUGUGUGGGGGCGCAGCUGCCCGCCCCCCCCCCACCUGGCCGCAGAGAGGGGCCGGCGUGCCCAGGCACCGCACGGAGAAGUUGAAGACCGUGUACGGCGGAAUGUUGGCCUUGACCGAGUGUUAAAUUCUCUAUGAGUAUUUCAUAAAUUAUUGCAAGUGCAAAAGUGAGUAUCCAUCAAGAGGAAACGAGAGCGACGGAUUUGCUGGCAGGAGUUUGUACAUUUAGAGAAGCGAUUAUUUAUUAUGAAACUAAUCUCUGCUUCGACUCCUUUAUGUGGAUUGGCUCAAGGGAAAGUCACUGUGUAUAUAUAGAUAGACAGGUUUUAAACUGCGUUCUCGAUCCACCCUCGUAUUUCUUAGCGCUUGGAUCACCUUUCUGAGAUGCACGUGUGCUGUUCGGCACUGCGGCAAGGUGGCCUGUCGGAGAGACAUUCAUCGACUGUGCCAGUGCUCAGAAAAUACUAACUGGCAAAUGCAUAAUA